CGGAGGUCAAGGCUGUUUGCUUUUGCUGUUGUGGCAAUUUUAAUCAUCAAUAAAUCUUAAAACCUGAUAAAAUAUCUCGAUCAUGGCAAGACGAGGUGGUAAUUACCACAGACGCAGUUUUGUGAAAAAUGAGCUCAUGUCGACGUUCAUCAAUGAGUUGUGGGAUCUUGAUGAAGAAGCAAGAUGCCGCCAUGGUGAACACUAUGUGAUAAAUUUACAAGGUCAUGCAGACUCUCGUGGCGGAACAGACAAGGCCAGGGCGAAGCUCUUCAAAUGGGUCGAUGACGAGAAGUUGUUUGAACGACCAACCUACGAAAAAUUCAGCAGGCUCCUUGAUAACUAUAUCGCCAUGGGCGGGGAGAAAGAGGUUGUGACGCGCGCGGAAGUGAAGGAGAAUCGAGACUUCAUCCAAGAGUGCAUGCGCACACCCGUCAUGCAGCGCACAUGGGAGUUCCUUAAAAAAAACGCCGAUAACAUUCCUGACGAUGAAAUGGCAUUUAUGAAGCUGCUUGAGAAAACUUGGUUUCAAUUAUAUAGGAGAACAAAGGGAGACAGAGAUCAAGAUUCGUCAGGAUUUGAGCAUGUGUUUGUCGGCGAGAUUAAGAAACUCGAUCACGGAGGUCUGGAGGUCACUGGCUUCCACAACUGGAUACAGCUCUAUUUGUCGGAGAAGGCGGGAAACCUUGAUUAUAAAGGCUAUUUCAAAUGGGGAACUGAUAAGAAUCAAGAGGAACCACGGAUGCUGACGCUACGUUUUGGCUGGGAGGGCGAGGAUGACGAAGACCCAGACGACGACGUCGAAGCAAUCAAAAAGAUGGGAAGUUCCUUCCUGGGGACGAGCCCGGAGUUUGAAUUCGCCAUUUACUCCGCGUGCUACUUUAUGGGUUUGGAGAAUAUCGGGGUCGUCCUGGCCGAUAAGUGGAAGGUCGAGUUACAGGUCCAUAGGAUGGGGCCGUACUUGGCGUCCUGUUUCCCUAAGGCUGCGGGAUAUGUGUAACUUGGCUUCAGCAGUAGUGGCUCUGUCUCUUCUUGACUUUUGGUGUAGCUUGUCUCGUCUCAUACAUGUUCCAGAAAUAAUGUGCUAAUGACUAAAUGAUGUAAAAUCCAUUGAUCAGUGACUAGUACAAGAACUAAGUCAAUGACUAAGGGUGGUAAAAUCCAUUGGUCUCUGCAUUUGUGAUGUCAAACUUUCUCUGUACAGUCUGUCGAGACCUAUCAGUGACGCAAUACUUUUGUUGCCUAGUUGAAAAGUUGCAAUACCCACCGGCAAGUAUGGCUUGAUCUAUACUUGCCACCGGGCAUAAUGAUCUGAUGGUAGACUUAAGUCGCAUUUUGGUAGAUGGCCUUGUCACUUGUCCAUUCUAAUGAAGUCCCUAUACUGGACUGCUGGACAUAAACAAUACAUAUUUAACUCUUGUUUCAUAUACAACUUUAUAAUAAUAUUCUCUUGUCCUCUGUUGUCUUUCAUUAAUAAA